CUUAACAUGUUUAAAUGUUCACUAUUUUUAAUUUAAAAACUAAUAGCUUAGUGAAUUAUUUUACAGUUAAAAGAGGAUUAAAAAUGACAACUCAAGGAACGAUUAAAGUAAAUGCAAAAGAACUUAAUCUAGAUUUAACUUUGCUGGGAGGACAAAGUUUUAGAUGGGAAAAACAAGUUAGUAAUGGGGAAUGCGAAUGGCGAGGUGUGGCUUUUGGUGCGUACUGGAUAUUGAAACAAGAUGAACAGCGUUUAUUUUACAAAGUUCAUACAGGUGUAUCCUCGGAAAAUCGGAACAAAGAGUUUUACAAUAAAAUGCUUCAACGAUACCUACGUUUAGAUUUUGAUCUAUCUGCACAAGUUAAACAAUGGCGAAAGUCGCAUCCUCAUUUCGAUAAGCUGGCUCCUCAUAUGAAAGCAGUACGUGUAUUGGACCAGGAACCAUUGGAAAAUGUAAUAUCUUUUAUCUGUAGCCAAAACAAUCAUAUUAAAAGAAUAUCAACUAUGAUUCAAUGGCUGUGUAUGAAUUAUGGAGAAAAAAUUGGUAACUUCCAAUCAAGCGAUGUAUACAGUUUUCCUAAUUUAGAUUCUUUUGUUAAGGCACAGAAUGAGUUAGAAUCCCGAUUACGUGCAGCAAAAUUUGGAUACCGCGCAAAAUUUAUUGCUCAGUCUGUAGCAAAAAUAAACGAAUUUGGCGGCAUGGCAUGGUUUGAACAAUUACGUUCUCUUCCCUACCAAGAAGCACGUCAAGAAUUGGUAAAACUUCCAGGUAUUGGUUUUAAAGUGGCCGAUUGUAUAUGUUUGAUGUCCCUUGGUCAUUUGGAGUCAGUACCGAUCGACACUCACAUCUUUAAAAUCGCACAAUCUGUUUAUAUACCACGAUUGGCUGGUGUUAAAGCUGUGACGCCUAAAAUUUAUGAGGAAAUCGCUGUACAUUUUCGCGAAGUCUAUGGUCCCUUUGCUGGCUGGACGCAAGCGGUUUUAUUUUGUUCGGAACUUCAACAAUUUCAAAGCGACAAUGACAAAGAGCCAUUAUCGCCGACCAAAAAGAAACGCUGCAAAUAAAAAAAAAACACAGGUACUAAAUUUAUAGAUUUUUAUUAUAAACAAUAUGUUUAUUUUUAUUUUGUUAAUUUUUUAUUUAAAGUUUUAAUAAAUACAAAAAUACACAUUA